GCUUUACUAGCCCAGGAGAAUGAUGAUGGAAAAGAGAGCGCCUUAUACUACUUGAGUAGAACAAUGACACCAAAUGAAUUGAACUACUCGCCAAUCGAAAAGACAUGCUUAGCGCUCAUUUUUGCAAUUCAAAAGUUGAAGCAUUAUUUUCAAGCACAUGUUGUCCGCCUCAUCUCAAGGAUGAAUCCUCUAAAGUAUGUUAUGUCAAAACCCGUCCUAUCCGACAGACUCGCAAGGUGGUACCUACAAUUGCAGCAGUUUGACAUAACAUAUAUUCCACAAAAGGCUGUGAAAGGGCAAGUCCUAGCCGAUUUCUUGGCAGAUCAUCCUAUCCCUGCAGAGUGGGAGUUAUCCGAUGAUCUACCCGAUGAAGAUGUUCUUGUGAUUGAAGCUAGUCCUCCUUGGAAAAUGUACUUUGAUGGAGCUUCUCACAGAGAAGGAGCGGGCGCCGGAGUAGUAUUUGUCACAUCCAACGGCGAAGUGUUGCCUCACUCUUUUACCUUAACACAAAAUUGCUCUAACAAUGUUGCUGAAUAUCAAGCUCUUAUCCUUGGGCUAGAAAUGGCAGUUGAUAUAAAGCAACUAAAAUUGGAGGUAUAUGGAGACUCCAAGUUGGUGAUCAAUCAGAUACUCGGAUCAUACGAAGUUAAGAAGCUCGAUUUACUCCCUUAUGUCGAUUAUGCUAAAAGACUUAUCGGAUACCUUGGUGAUGUGACGAUAGAACAUGUGCCUAGAAAUGAUAACAAACAAGCAGAUGCAUUGGCAAAACUUGCUUCUACUUUAGCCAUGCCCGAAGACGGAGCUCAUAUAUCAAUUUUCAAGAGGUGGGUCGUACCACCAAUCGUUGAACAUGGAGAAAUUGAAGAAGACGAAACUCGAGUGGUUUACGUGUUUGAAAUCGAGAAGGAAGAUUGGCGUCAAUCAUUUGUGGAUUACUUGAAGUACGAAAAGUUGCCUAAUGAUCCACAUCAAAGAGUUGAUAUUCGACGUCGUGCGGCUCGUUUCAUCUACUACAAAGAUACACUUUACAGACGUUCAUUUGAUGGAGUCUUCUUGAGAUGUUUAGCUCAUUCCGGAAUUUGCGGCGCCCAUCAGUCAGGACCCAAAUUACAUUUCCGAAUAAAAUGA